ACGAAUGGGACCUGGCUUAUAUGUUAACGGUCUGUCCUAAUUUAGCUACUGCUUUGCAGAAUUAACUCGCUUCACUUGUUAAAAGAAGUUGAAUACCACAUACAUAUAAUCGGUGUUGUACGAAAGCUCGGCUAGCGGCUCCAUCUUCUUGUUACCCGAGCGAGGACAUCAUGGAGGCAAUAAGCAAAUAAGAAGUUUUUUCAUUGCAGGACCACCACCUGCGACCCGAUCAAUUUCAGCUUGAAUAUUUCAAUGCGCUCUGCUUUGUAUAACCACGGUUUCCGCAGCAUUAGAAUGUCGAUUUCGAUGUGUUUGGUUCGUGGCCGGCACAAAGAUUAUUGUAGUAGUAUGCCCUGUAGCACCGAAGAUUAUUGUAAUCUGUCUAAUGCUGCUUCCGUCCACAAGAUUGACACAUUCAAAAGCGGAAGGUAAACCUCGGCCAGAGAUCACAACAGAACAAUCCCAAACGUCGUAUUCUCCGACCCAGAAAUGGACAGCCUCUUUCGGCUAAUAUCUGUUUGAUGCUGCUGCCCUCGACAAAUUGACAUAUCCAAAGACUGACCUGAAGGUAAACCUUGGAGAUCAUAGCAGAACAACCCCGAUCGUUGUAUCCUUCGACCCAGCAAUGGACAGUGAAAUUCGAAACUUCAUCCAUGUGUGGCUCACAGCUAUCGCCUCUUUGUGUUACUGCUACUAUAUCCCGGCAAAACUCCCGAAGGGGAUGCCGAGGCUGCUGUCCCUUGUCCCGGUCUUCGGCCUCUUCGCUCUCCUCCCUCUCCGACUCUCCACCGUCAUACCCACUGGCUUCACCAGCUUCUGUCUCACAUGGCUUGCCAACUCCAGGCUCCUCCUACUGGCCUUCGACUCCGGCCCUCUCUUCCCCAAGAAGCCCCUCCCCAUCUUCGUGAUCCUCGCCUGCCUUUCCACCAUGGUCACGCCCCAUGACAAACCAAAUGCCGCAGCUGCAGCACGCGGGAACACGAAACUACGCCUCAACUAUGCCACCAAGACCCUCCUCUACUCUGUCCUGGUCGCCGUUCACGGUUACAAGGACCUCAUGAGCCCGAAGCUGCUUAUGGCCCUAUACUCCUGCAUGUUCUACCUGUUCAACGAAAUUGCCCUCGGGUUUUUUGUCAAUGGCGUCCGCAUUCUCAUAGGGGUUGAGCUAGAACCGCCCUCCGAUGAGCCAUACCUCUCCACGUCGUUGCAGGACUUCUGGGGGAGGAGGUGGAACCUCGUCGUGACCGAUAGUCUGCGCCAAACUGUAUAUAAGCCCAUCAGGCGGGCUGUGCAGCCAAUCCUUGGUGUGCAGUGGGCCCCCUUGCCAGCGGUUCUUGCGUCCUUCCUUGUGUCGGGCAUCAUGCAUGAGCUGCUGUUCUACUACAUCACCCGUGCUGUGCCCACAUGGGAGGUCACAUGGUUCUUCGUGUUCCAUGGGAUGUGCGUCAUCCUAGAGGUCGGGAUCAAGGUGGCCGUGAAGGGCAGGUGGCAGCUGCACCCGGCAUUGUCGGGGCCAAUGGUGGUGGUCUUCGUGGUGGUUACUGCCACCUGGUGGUUCUAUCCGCCGCUAGUGAGGAAUGGGGCAGUCGACAGAUCGGUUGAUGAGUGCAAAGCUUUGGUCCAGCUCUUGCCGCCAAAGCCAAAUGGAAAAUAAAUAUUUGCGAACACUGUUUAGAUUUUAUGUGCAAAUGGAAAAUCACUCAUGUAGACUUCUAAUGAACUAGAAAAAUGUACGUAGUAUUGGCGCUUUUAGUUGAUAUCGUGUCACCGCAAGGUCUGUACUGUUUUUUUUUGGCUAACUUGGGGUGUUCAAGUUUCGCCCGACUAAUCCCCGGGGCUCUGUAAACUCUCGGCAGCACACAGAGUAGGUAAUCACGCCAAAAGCGCUCUGGUGGCUCCAAGGGAAUUCGAAUCCGGGAUCGAGUGCAAAUUUAGACACACCUUAAUCAUUAGGCCAAAUCCCUUGGGGUUGCAAGAUCUGUACUUACUAGCAUGUAACAACAGUUUUAAUCAUGUCAGGAACUGUCAGCGCCAUCUCCGAUGAGUCGGAUCAAUAAAAGGGAAAACAAUAUUCAAUGCAAGCCCUCGGCGGACCGAUCCGUGGGUCCACCGACACGACCCAACCCAACUACCAUUGGGGCCAUUUUACAAUUUUCUUUUCGCUGUCCAUUUUACAUUAUUUUCUUGCCCAUUCCUCUCGUCUUGUAUAGGCUCAAAUGAAUGAUAUCAAACUAACCUACUGCUCUCCUCUCCCCUGUUCAUUCCUCUGUUCUCUCCUCCAAGCACUUCAUCCUGAUUCCUAUUCUGUGCUGCAGUGCUGCUAUGCAGUGCAGCCGACGGCCAGUAGCUGCUAGCGGUGGUGCCGUGAUGAUCUAGACUCUGGUGGCAGUGGGUCUGCGAAGGCAUAGUAUGUCUGCCGUUGCAGUUAGCGCAGCUCCCUCCCUCCGGUCUGACUCCCGUCUGCACACUGUCUGAACUGCCAAGGCAACAGAACCGGGAAUGAUUCGGUAAGAUGGAAGGUCUUAUUGGUAUUUCGGCUUUUAAAGUAAUUCCUCAUUCUGAGCCUUAAUAGCUUGUUUUGAUCGUGGGAUAGGAAAGACUAUAGAGAGCUUAAUUUAAGCUACUCCGGUGGAAUUCCCAUUCCCCCAGCCAAAAAUACCCUGCAUGUAAUUGUUCUAAGAGAGCUAUUAUAUAAAAUAUGAUUUGGUUUGUAAA